UGCGUACAAUCGGAGCUCGGACAGUAUUCUGGGAUGUCUGGAAUUCUAUCGAUGAAUCUGUUCAAUAUAAAACCCGUUAUGUCAUUCAACAAAAAAAAAUCACAUCGUUUCUAACGGCGCGAUCGUUGCGGCUCGUGCAAAGUGGGGUGGCGCACAGCAUGAACAAAGAGGCAUGUUCUGAUUAGCUGCACGGGUGGGGGUUUGAUAAGCCAGCCGAUGUCGCUGGCAGGUUUGUUGUUGAGGUCCGGCCGGAAUCGAAUAUGCUGGUUAGUUGCAACGUACACCUGAACCGCGGCGGUUUGGUACGGUGAGCGAUCCAACGGGAACAGUUCGCAAACAAAGAUUUGCUGGGAACGAAUUUUGAACCGUCGUGCAAAAGUUUUACUGUGGUUGAAAUAGCCAGACCGUGUUAUUUGAAAUAGAACAACAAACAUUAUUGUAGUUGAAUAUUGGUGAAUUUGAAUAUUUAAAUUAGUGAAAACAAAUUAAAAGAUAUACAGAGCACAGUAGAUCCCGUUAGGUUACGGUCGACGCACUCUAUCCCGCCCACGUUGAACCUUGCUGAAAUAAGAUCCUGUGGGACUUAUUGUGGGAGGAUUAAGAUUGGAGACAGACAAAACAGAAACGCGAACAACAAUUCGCAAUCGCUCAUUUGCCUAUGAGCUAAUUCCAUCCCAAACCGACAGAACUGGUCGAACGUGCCUACGGAAUAGUCGUGCUUACCGCGUUGAUUAAUUAGUGGUUCGUGUUUCAUCCUCUUCUAACCAAUCAAUUACAAGUGUUAGCAAUUUGAACGUUACAAGAUGAACGUCUAUCUAGUGCUACUACCGAUAGCACUCUGUGUUUGUGCCUUGCAAACGAUUGAAGCUGUUCAACCAGCUCGAAAGUUCGAUAUCGACUUCCAAAACGAUACCUUCACGAAAGACGGCGAACCGUUCCAGUUCAUCUCCGGUUCGUUUCAUUAUUUCCGUGCACUGCCCCAAUCAUGGCGGCACAUCUUGCGAUCGAUGAGGGCGGCUGGAUUGAACACGGUUAUGACUUACAUCGAAUGGUCCCUACACGAACCGAUGCCAGGUCAGUACCAAUGGCAUGGGAUUGCCAAUCUGGAGGAAUUUAUCGACAUAGCAAAAAGUGAGAAUCUGUUUGUCAUUCUGCGCCCCGGACCGUACAUCUGUGCGGAGCGUGAUAUGGGUGGAUUCCCUCACUGGUUGCUCACCAAGUAUCCUACGAUCAAGCUACGAACGAACGAUGCAGACUAUUUGAGUGAAGUGCAAAAUUGGUACAGUCAACUAAUGCCACGCAUUGUACCGCAUCUGUACGGGAACGGUGGCCCUGUAAUUAUGGUGUCCAUUGAAAAUGAGUACGGAUCCUUCCAUGCCUGCGACGGCAACUAUAUGGAGUUCUUGAAAAAUUUAACCGUUCACUACGUGCAGGAUAAAGCCGUACUGUUUACAAACGAUGGACCGGAGCUGUUAAAGUGUGGUUCCAUCCCCGGAAUUCUUCCCACACUGGAUUUUGGAAUUACAAAUAAUCCGUCGGCAUUCUGGCAGCAAUUGCGCAAGUAUUUGCCCAAAGGACCACUGGUAAAUGCUGAGUAUUAUCCCGGCUGGUUAACGCACUGGAUGGAACCGACGGCACGUGUCGAUGCAGGAAUGGUGGUUAACACGCUGAAGAUCAUGCUCAACCAGAAGGCAAACGUGAACUUUUACAUGUUUUUCGGUGGUACCAAUUUCGGAUUUACUGCCGGUGCAAAUGAUGUUGGACCCGGUAAGUAUAGUGCCGAUAUAACGUCCUACGACUACGACGCACCAUUGGACGAGGCCGGUGAUCCUACGGCAAAGUAUUUCGCAAUUCGGAAGGUGUUGCUUGAGCACUUCGGUGAUCCUGGUGUGCCUGCACCGGCAAAAAUGCCCAAAAUGACGCUGGACACGGUGUGGCUGGAACGUCGCGGAUCCAUGCUAUCGAAGCACGGACGAACAAUGUUAUCGAGCCGAAUGGUUGCUGCCGUUACAACUGUUUCGUUUGAAGCACUCAAUCAACAUUCUGGCUUUCUGCUGUACGAAACAACAUUGCCGGCCGGGUUGAAACGUGAUCCGUUUACACUGAAGGUGGAACAUCUGCAUGAUCGUGCUUACGUGCAUGUCGAUGGGACAUUCUACGGUAUACUGUCACGUGAAACCAGCGUCAAUUCGAUUGCGCUGAGUGUGGGAUUGGGCACAAAGCUUCAGCUACUGGUAGAAAGCCAGGGUCGUAUUAAUUACAACAUUCCGAACGACUUUAAGGGUAUUUUAGGAUCAGUGACGAUUGAUGCCAAACCCUUAUACAACUGGACCAUCACGGCAUUCCCACUAGACAGCUAUAACUAUCUGGAGAACUUUUUGUCCCAACAACCCACAGAAAAGGAGGAUCUAGCUGGUGCCGGAGCACAAAUUUACUACGGCACAUUUAUGAUUAAUACCGAUACGAUUUACGAUACCUACCUGUACCCGAGUGUGUGGGGCAAAGGGUUAGUGUUUAUAAACGGUUUCAACUUGGGUCGCUAUUGGCCAUUGGCUGGACCUCAAAUAACUCUCUAUGUGCCGAGACACAUCUUAAAAAAAGGAAACAACCAGCUUGUGAUGAUCGAGUACCAGCAUCACAUCCAGCACCCUUAUGUGCAGUUUAUUGAUAAGCCAAUAUUUACUUAAAAUGACUUAAACCCCAGCUUUUGGUGGCGUUUGCGAGUGAAUCAAAUAUUACGCUGCUUCGUAGAUCUUUAAGCAAAAUCACAAUUCUUUUUCUAAGAAAAAUAGAUCGUUGUACAGAUCAACAGUUGGAAUACAUUUUCUAUUUGUUAUCAGUA